CGCUAUCCUCGGCCUGUAUACAUGUAUAUGGCGUUGGCGUUCUCCCGGAUCGCUGCUGCCGUUUGACGGACUUUCCACGGGCAAACGGUGAGUGCCGACGCGGCGGCCGCGCACACUCGACACGUAAGUAAGCACCGUCCGGCCCCGCUCCGCCGUAGCGUACAGCGCGUCCGCGAAAUCGCGGCAAUUCCGGAUCGUCUGCUCGGGCGGGCGUGCAUCGCGCAGGCUCGCGAGCACCAAGAUGGCCGGUCCGCGGUCGCGUUUGUUGUGGUGGUGAUGGAGGCCCGCUCGGUACCGAUCGAUACGCCCGCCGCCGAAUACCGGCUAUGGCGGCUAGCGUUGUCGCGCGUCACGCAUCCUGAGAUAAACGCUCUGUCGAGCGUAGCGAUCGCCGCCGCUGGUACCGCCCGGUGAUGAUAAGCGUCCGCGCGACCGUGAGCAGCGCGGGGCGUGGUGCGAGAGCGUAGCCGAGGCGGCGGUCUCCCCGCAGACGCGAAGAGAGCCCUGUGCGAGAGAGCCCUCCCUGAUCCACUCCGCGGGACACACCAAGGUUAAGGUGAUGUAGAAAAAAUUGAAACUGCCAGAUCAACAUCGCUUUGUUCGGUGGUUAAUGCAAUAGAAACCAUCAAGACGGGUGACAAGGAGAAGAAAAUGGUAUCUCUGCCCAACGCAGAGAGUGGUAACAUGGACAGAAUCUCAGACGACGACGAUGACGAACCUAGUAGUGGAUCGGAAACGUAUGAGGAGGGAGAUCUCCUCACAGCUGCCAUGGACGAUGAUGUCACAGCUCAACUCGCUGCUGCAGGACCAGUUGGAGUAGCUGCUGCAGCUGCUAUCGUGUCGGCCAAAAAACGGAAACGUCCCCACAGUUUCGAAACCAAUCCCAGUAUCAGGAAGAGACAACAGAACAGACUACUCAGAAAACUUAGACAAACUAUCGACGAGUUUGCAACGCGAGUUGGACAACAGGCGGUAGUGUUGGUGGCUACUCCGGGUAAGCCAAAUAGUAGUUACAAAGUUUUCGGGGCGAAACCGUUAGAAGAUGUAGUGAAGAAUCUAAGGAGCGUUAUCAUGGAGGAAUUGGAGAACGCGUUGGCGCAGCAGGCGCCGCCGCCGGUGCAGGACGAUCCUUCUCUGUACGAGUUGCCGCCUCUGAUAAUCGACGGUAUACCAACGCCAGUGGAGAAGAUGACACAGGCCCAACUUCGGGCUUUUAUUCCACUAAUGUUGAAAUAUUCGACCGGCCGAGGUAAACCCGGCUGGGGCCGAGACAGCACGCGACCGCCUUGGUGGCCUAAAGAGCUGCCUUGGGCGAACGUCCGGAUGGACGCGCGGUCGGAGGACGAGAAGCAGAAGAUUUCGUGGACCCACGCGUUACGGCAAAUUGUAAUAAAUUGUUAUAAAUUCCACGGAAGGGAAGAUCUUCUGCCGGCGUUCAGCGAAGAAGACGACAAGUCCAAUGUUCUGAUACAGCAAGCCACUCCCCAUUCUUCGUCGCAUCAGUCGCACUCGUCGUCGAAUCAAGGGCAAAGUGGACAGUCGCAACAGCAACAGACGGUGGGAGUUGUUCGCCUCAACAGCACGGAUUCAUCUAAGGGAAACUCUUCGCCAGCACAAAUCAUUGCCGCGUCUCCCACAGCUCUUGCCACUGCCACUCAGAUGACGGCCCAGUAUCCGACAGCUGUAUUGCAGACAAUAACCAAUCCAGAUGGUACAGUUUCUAUAAUACAAAUGGAUCCUAGUAAUCCAAUUAUCACGUUACCAGAUGGUACGACAGCUCAGGUUCAAGGAGUUGCUACCAUCCACACGAGUCAAGGAGAAGUGCAAACACUAGCGGAAGUGGCCGGCAGUGCGGAGGGUGCUAGUGUAGCCGUUGAUCUGAACAGCGUUACAGAAGCAACGUUAAGUCAAGACGGCCAAAUCAUCCUUACCGGGGAAGACGGACACGGAUACCCCGUCUCGGUGUCGGGAGUGAUCACCGUGCCGGUGUCCGCCGGUAUGUAUCAAACUAUGGUGGCCAAUAUUCAGAGCGACGGCACGAUGCAGGUAGUCGCGCCGAUGGUUCAGGUGCCCAAGGUCGAGCCCGGCAACGGCGAGAGCAUCGAGGCAGUCACUAUACAGGGUCAUCCGAUGACCAUGAUUAACGCCGCCGGCGAGCACCAGGUACUCCAAGUGAUAUCCCUGAAGGACGCUAAUGUUCUAACGAAGGCUAUUCAGGCCGAGGUUAUCAAGGACGAGGAUAGCCAGCCGCAACAAACUGUGUCUAGCCCAGAAUAAAAGAAAAACAGAAAGAGUGAGAGAGAGAGAGAGAGAAUGUUAAAUGUGUGUGCAUCAGUCCGUAUAUACAAAAUCACUUCGUAUAUCGUGAAUCGAGUUUUUGCAUCACAGAUUGUGAGGGAGAAAGAGAGGGAGAUAUACGGAAGUGAUGAGAGUGUGAAAGAAUUAAUAACGAUUGAUGUUGUGUUCUUUCUCUUUGAGUCAUUGUAUAAUAAUGUCCUAUUGACUGCGGAUUGAUCAUCGAAAGCAGAGAGAGAGAGAGAGAAAGAGAGAAGAAGGUCUUUGCCUGAGAGUGAAAGUGUGAACGAGUACGUCGAUCGAUCGGAUUAUUAAGAUUACUCGUAUUUGUACUCAAGAUUUAUCAUAGGCGCUUGAGGGUAUUCACUUUGCAAUUCGACUUUUCAGACGUAGUAUUAAUUUUCUAAGAGAUCCGUUUUAUCGCGACAGCGACAUGAGGCGACACCUGUGGUAUUCGCCGGGAUGCAUAUAUGUAACUAUCUCGUACUGUUUAUUGGAAAAUGGAAAGUCAUCGAUAAUGUAUUUUCCGGUACUGUUCAAGCUAUACUAAGGACAUAUUUUCAUCUAGUCGUAGAGUCAGGUCGAGGUAUACCAAAGAGAAUUAAAAACGAGAAAUUUAUUUUUAAUUCGACAAUGUGAGAGAGAGAGAGAGAGAGAGAGAGAGAGAGAGAGAGAGAGAGA